AUGCCAGACCAAGCCCGCUUACCAUAUGUGACUGCAGCAUUCAUCGUAUCUUUACAGCAAGUAAAUAAAAUGGACCUUGGGAAAAUGGAAUGGAUGAUCACUAGUUACCAAGAGAUGGUGAUAUGCCAGUUUCACUUUUCAUAUCGAUCAGCCUUUCCAUUAUUUUUGACUGUUGUCGGUUCAAGUGAAUGCAAUAUAGGAGCUAUAAUCGCACUCGAACCGUCUAUUCGUCCUUUAUUAAAUCGAUUAGCACCAGAGGCAGCAUCAAGACUACAAAAUGAAGCUAUGCUAAGUCGAACUACAAGUGGGCCUUACUUCCGAGUGUAA